CCUCUAUUGUUCUGCCUCAGUCCCAAGAAGGCAUUUGUCGGACGGAUAGAGUUUACGGCAAGGACACCCAUUCCAGAGGACAAAUCGCUUGCGAAGGACAGUGAAAGGUCAAAAUAUUGUCAAUUUUGGUAGGCCAAAAGUCAAACGAAGCAUGGAUAGCUACAAAUUAAUUCUUUUGAAUCAGUACCUUGCAACAAAAAGGUUUCUGGGUGGAGAUGGGCCUUCGAAAGAGGACGAUGUGGUGUUCACAGAAACGCAAACUUUUCUGAAGAACGUAUGCAAAGGACAGAUCCCCAAAGCACUGACUCACCUUCAAAAAUGGUACAAUAACAUUGCUUCAUUCCCAGAAGAGACACGAAAAUCUUGGUCAGGAGACGAAUGCACUCUUGAGCAGUGCAUCGUGCGUUGGCCUGAAGUUUUCGGGCGUCAAAUGGUGGAUGAAAUUGACGCACUGCUCCUUGCUGCCUCAGUCACGGCGGUCGAAUACAACCGAAAGCAUCUAAUGCUGAACAGAGGCACUCUGCAUUUCAGUGCCAAGAACGAGAACGUCGUGUUCAAGCACUUUGUAAGUGAUCUCUUCUCUGUUCUUGAUCACCUCGUUGUCUUGCUGUACUGCCACUACCAGAGAAAUGGCGAACCAGAUUUCUCUCACGCGCUCUUGGAUAUGAAGUUCCCGUUCUUUGACAAUGUCGAAUAUCCAGCUUCAAGCGAUGUGCCAAAAGAUGUCGGAAAUGGAUUGAAGAAGCAUAGGGAUCAGGUUGUUGCCAACUUGGUGUCAAAAAUUUUUGGUGGCAGUGACGGAGCACAUGAGUGGUUUGCCAACAAAGUGCUGUCUGUACAGCCUUACAACCUUGUUGCAAAAAGCGGUGAAAGGUCGCCCAAGAGAGUGGAAGAUGGAAGUGACCAACAAGUCUUCAGCCAGCUCUAUUUCUUGAAUCAUUACAGAAGCCAUCAUAGUUUGAUAAGCAUUUCUCCAGAGCCAAAAUACAUCAGUCUCUGCACCUGCAGCUACCCAGCAAUGCACAUUUCACCCCAUGAUUCCCAUUUUGAUGACUGCACCACUAAAACUGCCAUGUCUCGUGGCAUAUUCGUCUACUGCCCAGAUGACGUCAGAGCUGCCUCGGAGGAAAAGGCCUGGUCACUCAAGCCGUUGACCGUUAUGUCCGAAAGAUUCUUGCACUUUGUUAAAUUGCUGAGAGAUGACGUCCUUGGCAGGUACUUCAACAUUCCAAGUUUCGACACUGUAUACAAAGUCAGAGGAGGAUACGAUGAUGGAUAUCGCAUCAACAACCACUUCAUUGCCUGGGAUGAUCACAGACUUCAGCGUCCAGUUCCCAUUUAAAGAGACAAAAUUGGACAAACACAUUUAUGAUGCUUUGCUGUGUUUAGAUUUAUCGUAAAACAAUUUUUGGUUUUAACACGAAUUAUAUGUGUAGUUGACACCACAGGCCAUUUCUGCUAGAAGGCAAUAAUAUCCUGUCACACCAUUGUGCACUUGCAACUGAGCAAUUAAAGUUUGAUCGUGCUAUAGGUGGCUGGAAAUGAAGAAAAAGUGCUAGGCAAAUUAUACUUUAUAGCAAAUAGGAUUUUUUUCACACAGUGUUAACAGUUGUAGUUUGAAAGAUUUUUACACCUGUUUUCCAGGAUAAUAGUUGUAAUGCACAAAUAAUUUGUCCCUUAGCGUUUUGAAAUUCAGCAUUAUCAUUUGGAGCUGAUUAGGUUACACAAAACAUUUGUCACCAUACCAUUUUACAUUCUUUGGUAUUUUGUAUUUGAAUCCAUGUUGAAAGUUAUUGGGUAGUUCAAAAAAAUCUUCAUAUAGAGCCACCAACAAUAAAUAACAAAGAUUACGAGGGCAUUACUUCUGGAAUUAUACUUUCUGUUACAUGAUCUGUUAUUAUUUUAUUUUCCUCCACAAAAUCAAUAGAGAAAA